GUGCAAAAUUGUGGCUUUUGCUUAUAUCUGCAAAUUCUCUGCUCCUGAUGUGUGCUUUGAUUUAGCAAGGGAAAGAAUUUAAGGAGAAAAGCUUUUCAAUGCAUCGUUCACCCAUUGCUCCUCACUCAAACCAAGUUAUUUUUCUCCAGAUUUGUUGCUGUCACAGGGCAUAAAAGUUAAGAUUUUUUUUUUCUUUAAUCUUUUGAGUUACAAGCCAGAACUUCCCUAUAUUUGCAAGCCUGCAGAGGAGAGUAUUGAUAUUUAGAAGGUGGACCUGAAUUAUCAAUUACAUUUGUUAUGAAACACAGAGUACUUACAGUUUGCCAUUGUUUCCAGUGUAGGAUGAGACAUUUAUUUCUUUUUUGUACUGGAAUAACAACACAGUCAAGACUGUGGUUGUUACAGCACCUGAUGACAACAUGAACAUUUAAUUCAAAUCUGCAACUUAAGAACAAACUUACAUACCUAAGCUUAUUCUUUCCUGUCAUCCCUGUGCUGCUGUGGGAAACAUCAGCUUGUCGUUGCUUCUGGUUACCUUGUUUGGAAACAAAUCAUGGCUGAUGACUCUCAGAGAAACUUUCGCUCAGUGUAUUAUGAAAAAGUGGGGUUUCGUGGAGUUGAAGAAAAGAAGUCACUGGAAAUUCUAUUAAAAGAUGACCGGCUGGAUAUUGAGAAGCUUUGCACAUUUAGUCAAAGGUUUCCUCUCCCAUCCAUGUAUCGCAUACUGGUAUGGAAGGUGCUUUUAGGAAUUAUUCCUCCUCACCAUGAGUCUCAUGCUUUGGUGAUGAAGUACCGGAAGGAGCAGUACUGGGAUAUACAUCAUGCUCUCCGUGUCAUUCGUUUUAUUAAUGAUUCUACCCCACAGGUAGAUGUUUUCCUCCGCAUACAUCAACUGGAAUCAGGAAAACUGCCUCGAAACUUGGCUUUUCCAUUGGAACCUGAAGAUGAAGUGUUUCUUGCUAUUGCUAAAGCAAUGGAGGAAAUGGUGGAGGAUCCUAUAGAAUGCUAUUGGCUUGUCAGUUGCUUUGUGAAUCAGCUAAACAGCAAGCACAAAGAUUCAUUACAACAACUGCCAAAAAUUCUGGAGCAGUAUUUGAACAUUGAAGAUAACCGACUGCUGAUGCAUCUAAAAGCAUGUGCUGCCGUGAGCAAACUCCCUUACGAUCUUUGGUUUAAAAAGUGUUUUGCAGGCUGUUUACCUGAGUGCAGUUUACAGAGAGUUUGGGACAAAGUUAUAAGUGGGUCCUGCAAGAUUCUUGUUUUCGUUGCUGUGGAGAUAUUACUAACCUUUAAAAUGAAGAUAAUAGCACUGAAUACUGCAGAAAAGAUCACGCAGUUUUUGGAAAAUAUUCCUCAAGAUAACACUGAUGCUAUUGUCAGCAAAGCUGUUGAUCUGUGGCGCACACACUGUGGGACUCCAGCACACUCAGUCUGAGAACUUUCUUUGCUUAUGACAGCUUGGGGAAAAAAAGGGACAUUUGAAAAGACAUUUCACCACUCUUCCCCUAUCCUAGUGUGAUGUUCUUCAUUACCUCUUUUAUGUAAAGAUGCUACUAAGGCAGCUAAUAGCAUGGUGAUCAAUAUGUAAAUAUUUUUCAAUAAAUACAGAUGGCAUAAAGAUA